AGCUAUUGUGGUCCGAGCUGGUCGGCACGAUGUCAGCCAGAUGGUACUACCAGGUUGGGCCCGAAGCUUGGCUUCCUUUUCCAGACGAUGCCUGCUCCGUUCUGGAAGACCGUUUCCUGGCCAGAGCAGCAGCCAACCAGCCCCAGAGCUUUCAACUGCAAAGUGGCAAGUACACUUACGACGUCUACUUGAGCGACAUGUUGCAGAUCAACACGUCUACUGGGAGGAGGCGUAGUUUGGACCGGCGAGAGAAUCAGCAGCAGAUGCAGCACAGCAACCAGCGUAUCACGCAGCUCGAAGCCUCCUUGGAGCAAUCUCGCAGACAAGAGGCGGAGCAUCGAGACCAGAGGGACCAGCUGGCCAGCAGGGUCGCAGAGCUCCAGGAGUCCGAGGAGCGGCUGCGGGCAGGUCUGCAGAGGGAACAGCUGGCGUCGCAGGCCGCGAGUCAACGCCUGACCCAAGAGCAGACGGCGAGGGCGGAUGUCACGAAUGAGGUGCGCCGGCUGCGAGCAGACCUGGAGAGGGAGCAGCAGGCGAUGAAGGCCGCAGGUCGCCGCCUGGAGGAGGAGCAGGUGGCAAGGGCGGAGGCCACGAGGCAGGCCCGGGAUGCCGCCGCGGAGAUGGAACGGCUGCGGCAGGAGCGGGGGAGGAGGUGGGAGUUUCAGAGUCAUCUGGGGACUUGGCAGCCGUACGACGCCGACUCCAACGCCGUUUUGGUCCGCCUCCAUGCAGCCUGGAUUGAGGAGGGCAGUCCCGACAGAGACUACGAGGUCACAGAUCGAUAUCACGUGAACUUCGGCACAAUGCAGCAGUGCAGCAUGCGCUCAGGCAUGCUCCGACCUGUUCGGCUUCAAGAGUACCAUGGUGGUGCAGAGCGAAUCCAGCUACAAGCUCAAUCCGCCGAUCUCGAAGCCAACAUGGGCGCGCUGGCCGACGCCUUCGCCUCCCUCGAGCUUCAACACGGACAAGCCACACACCAAUUGGAAGAAGCCACUCAGGAGAUGGCGGAGCUGCGCCACGCCUUCGACGCUGUCGAGCUCGAACGCCAGCAAGCCAGAGACCAGUUGGCAGAAAUGAGCCAGGAGAUGACAGAGCUGCGCGCUGUCUCUGACGCGGUCGAGCUCGAACGCCAGCAAGCCAGAGACAAGGUGACCCAGGACAUGACGGAGCUGCGCGCUGCCUCUGACGCUGUUGAGCUCGAGCGCCAGCACGCCAGAGACCAGCUGGCAGAAGUGACCCAGGAAAUGACGGAGCUGCACAACGUCGUUAAUACCUUGACGCUCCAUCGCGAUCAAGCCAUUCGCGACCUGGCUGCCGAAAAGGCUGCGCUCGAUGAGGCGCGCGCGAUGGUACGGCAUGAACAGACUUUGGAGCAUCUUCGCGAAGACGUUGCUCGCUUGAAUCGCGAGAAGGAGCAAUCGGAACAAAAGGUGGAGUUGUUGAACCGCGAGUCCCUGGAUCUGCAGGCUUCCCUGGAGAAGGAUCGGCAGCAUAGCCGUGCACUGGAGAAGACGAUGCAGGAAAGACGGUCCGAGAUCGACCGUUUAAAAGAUUUCGCGGAUACACGGUGUCAGAUGUUGUUGCAGCAAGUUCACCACAUCGGCCAGGUGUAUAACCUCAGCAAUGUUACGAGGACAGACAAGUCCAGCGAAGACUCGUUACGACAGACAGGCUCGAUUCCAGGACUGCUCGGAGACCGCGGCAAAAGUAUAGUGGUUCCGGCUCAGGUGAAUCACAGCAAGCUCAAGACCAGUGCUUUGUCCAGGUCCAUGUUGCUCAAUGUGUUCUGCGAAUUGCCCCACAGAGGCGAGUACGUUCCUAAAGAAGAGCAGAGGCUAGAGCCUCAAAGUGCAGAUUUCAAGUUCUUGGAGUUGUUAUUCCAAAGUUCUUGUGACAGUCACCGCCUCCAAUAUAACUCUGAAGAGUGGUGUGAACCUCCGAUGCUGAAGAUUGCGGAGAUCAGUACUGUUACGUUGGAACCGAAGCUGCUGCAGCAGUACAGCACAAAUUUGGAUCGCAUCUGUAAUCGCAAGAGGAGGUUUGCUGUUCCUGUGAAUUUUGAUCGGGCUCUUCGCCCUAUCACACAGAAAGAUGCCAGCGAGUAUUUCCUCUUCCACGGGUGCCCCUGGGAAGCGGCGGAUCAAAUCUGCAAGGACGGGUUCCACUGGAAGUAUGCUGGCACGAACACUGGUGCCAUGUUCGGCCAGGGUAUCUACUUCGCGGACCGCGCAUCGAAAUGUGACGGCUACUCCACCAAAGACCCCGACGGAAUGAAGCGCAUGGUCUUGGCGCGCGUAGCCCUUGGGAACAGCUUGCCGCGGUGGCGCAAGUGUACAGAUUGUAAGACUGAGGAGGAGGAGGAGGAGCUUGCGUACGUGCGUGGUGACCGCAACGGCGCAAUAUCCAGCUGCCUGCGGCAACUCCACGCCACCGUGCCAGCUCCGUUCUCUGGGUGGCGACACCUCCGACGGGCGCACGCAGAGGCCGUCAUGUGCGACACCCCGUGCCCUGCAGGCGCGGGAGAGCCGUGGACGGGUGAUGUGCGACGCGCUCUUCCGCGUCGCGACGGUGUGCGUCUCCUCGUCUUCGCUGUCGGGCUAGUCAUCACGUCGUUCUCUUCUCGUCCUCCAUCCUCCUUCUCGUCCUUGCCUUUCGUUUGGCUCUUACUAGGCCGUGUUCUGUCCGUCUGGCCUGCCUCACGGCCUGGUGGCGGCGUCUUCUGUCCGUAUCGUAUUCGCAUGCGCGUUUGUCGCGUCCACUUGGGGUCAGUUGCGUGCCCGUCGCGCAUCCCCUGCCCGCCUGUCGCGUGCCAGGGUCCGCAGAGUCUGGGGACUUUGUAGAGCGUGAGGAUGAUGAAGCGGGACGUUGAG